CGAUGUCGUUUAGCCUGCCUUGCCGUGUUGACUCUUCUCAUCGGUUUCGGUUGAACGGUCACCUCUCAUCAGCCUUCGACCGACUUCCAUCUCCCCUUUCAGCCCAACAAAAACCCAAAUACGUAAAACCCAAGCCCAUAAAUACCCCUUGCCCCCCCUCACUCUCUCUCUCCCUCCGCAUCUCCACACUUCUCCCCCAGCCUAACCAACCACCACCACUCGCCCGAUGCCAAAACCAACAGCUCACCACUCCGCCCCCCUCUCCUCACUCUCUCUCAUCGCAUCAAUCCCCGCACCGCUGCUCCAAUCGGAAGUUGUUGCACUUUAUGCUUCCUAAAAAGAGAAUUAGUAGUAAAGAAGAAGUAGUAACAGAAAUCGAUUCCAGUGAUAGCGAGGGCCUUGUCAAGAAGCAUCGGAUCGAUUGCUCGACGGAGGACAUAAACAGCGUCGGGGAUAGUAUUAGAAGCGAGAGGAUUGACCGUAGAGGUGUUUUGGAUAUGGCGUUGGGAAACGGAAAUAUGCAGGAGAUCGACGAGGAUCUGCACAGCCGUCAGCUGGCGGUGUACGGACGCGAGACGAUGCGGCGGCUGUUCGCCUCUAAUGUACUAAUCUCUGGGAUGCAAGGCCUCGGAGCUGAAAUCGCGAAGAACCUUGUACUUGCUGGUGUCAAGUCUGUCACAUUGCAUGAUGAGGGAACAGUGGAGUUGUGGGAUUUGUCCAGCAAUUUCAUUUUUUCGGAGAAUGAUGUUGGUAAGAACAGAGCUCUUGCAUCUGUUCAAAAGUUGCAGGACCUUAACAACGCUGUGGUCGUUUCUACUUUAACCACGGAAUUGACGAAAGAUAAACUUUCUGAUUUCCAGGCUGUGGUUUUUACUGACAUUAACCAAGAGAAAGCCAUCGAGUUUAAUGAUUACUGCCAUGUUCACCAGCCUCCUAUUGCAUUCAUCAAGGCUGAAGUUAGAGGCCUCUUUGGAAGUGUAUUUUGCGAUUUCGGGCCUGAGUUUACUGUUUUUGAUGUUGAUGGUGAGGAACCACACACAGGUAUCAUUGCAUCUGUCAGUAAUGAUGACUCUGCACUUGUGUCGUGUGUUGAUGAUGAAAGGCUCGAGUUCCAGGAUGGGGAUCUUGUUAUGUUUUCUGAAAUCAGGGGAAUGACAGAACUCAAUGACGGAAAGCCAAGAAAGAUAAAAAAUGCGAGGCCUUACUCGUUCACUCUUGAAGAGGACACUACGAACUAUGGUAUCUAUGAGAAAGGUGGUAUUGUCACACAGGUGAAGCAGCCCAAGAUAUUGAACUUUAAGCCUUUGAGAGAAGCUCUGAAGGAUCCAGGCGAUUUCCUUCUCAGCGAUUUCUCCAAGUUUGACCGACCACCUCUGUUGCACUUGGCAUUCCAAGCGCUCGACAAAUUUAUUUCUGCACUGGGACGCUUCCCUGUUGCUGGCUCAGAAGAGGAUGCGAAGAAGCUGAUAUCAAUGGCUACCUGCAUCAAUGAUGGCUUGGGAGAUGGGAAAGUCGAAGAUAUCAGUCCCAAACUUUUGCGGUACUUUGCUUUUGGUGCCCGAGCAGUGUUGAACCCCAUGGCUGCCAUGUUUGGUGGUAUAGUGGGACAGGAGGUUAUGAAGGCAUGCUCUGGAAAAUUUCAUCCGCUUUAUCAGUUCUUUUACUUCGACUCAGUUGAAUCACUUCCCACGGAGCCUCUAGAACCUGAGGAUUUCAGACCAUUGAAUAGCCGGUAUGAUGCUCAGAUUUCAGUUUUCGGGUUGAAACUGCAGAAGAAACUGGAGGAUGCUCAAGUGUUUGUUGUAGGAUCUGGUGCACUUGGCUGCGAGUUUCUAAAGAAUUUGGUUCUGAUGGGAGUGUCAUGUGGCGACCAAGGGAAGCUGACAAUUACUGAUGAUGACAUCAUUGAGAAGAGUAACCUCAGUAGGCAGUUUCUCUUUCGUGAUUGGAACAUUGGGCAGGCAAAAUCUACUGUUGCUGCUUCUGCUGCUUCAGCAAUAAAUCCUUGUUUCCAUAUAGAGGCUCUGCAGAACCGUGUGGGCACUGAGACCGAGAAUGUAUUCGAUGAUACCUUCUGGGAGAAUCUAAGUGUUGUUGUUAAUGCACUGGACAAUGUCAAUGCCAGGCUUUAUGUUGAUCAGAGAUGCUUGUAUUUCCAGAAGCCACUUCUUGAAUCAGGAACCCUUGGUGCAAAGUGUAACACACAGAUGGUAAUUCCUCACCUGACUGAAAACUAUGGUGCCUCAAGAGAUCCACCCGAGAAGCAAGCACCUAUGUGCACGGUUCACUCUUUCCCUCACAACAUUGACCACUGCUUGACAUGGGCUCGAUCAGAGUUUGAAGGCUUGCUUGAGAAAACCCCAGCAGAAGUGAAUGCUUUCCUUUCAAAUCCAAUUGAGUACACCUCUGCUAUGAGGAAUGCUGGUGAUGCUCAAGCCAGAGACAACCUGGAACGGGUUCUGGAGUGCCUUGACAGAGAAAGAUGCAAAACAUUUCAAGACUGCAUUACCUGGGCUCGUCUAAAGUUUGAAGAUUACUUUGGCAACCGUGUGAAACAGUUGAUCUAUACUUUUCCUGAAGAUGCUGCGACCAGUACUGGGGCUCCAUUUUGGUCGGCUCCUAAGCGCUUCCCCCAGCCGUUGCAACUCUCUACUGCUGAUCUCAGCCACCUCCAUUUCAUUAUAGCAGGAUCAAUACUAAGAGCAGAGACAUUUGGCAUUCCAAUUCCCGACUGGGCCAAGAACCCUAGCAAGUUGGCUGAAGGUGUUGAUAGGGUGGUAGUCCCUGAAUUUCAACCCAAGAAAGAUGUGAAAAUUGUGACCGAUGAGAAGGCUACUAGCCUUUCCACUGCAUCUAUAGAUGAUGCAGCAGUCAUCGAUGAACUAAUCAUGAAGCUAGAACAGUGCCGGAAUAGUCUGCAUCCUGGGUUUAGGAUGAAACCAAUUCAGUUUGAGAAGGAUGAUGAUACGAACUACCAUAUGGACUUAAUAGCUGGGCUUGCUAACAUGAGGGCUAGAAAUUACAGUAUUCCUGAAGUUGACGGGCUGAGAGCCAAACUCAUUGCCGGAAGGAUUAUCCCUGCAAUUGCAACCUCCACAGCAAUGGCCACAGGUCUGGUCUGCCUAGAGCUGUACAAGGUUCUAGAAGGAAGGCACAAAGUGGAGGACUAUAGGAACACAUUUGCCAACCUGGCACUCCCUCUAUUCUCCAUGGCAGAGCCGGUCCCGCCUAAGGUCAUAAAGCACCAGGACACGAGCUGGACUGUGUGGGACAGGUGGAUUGUGAAAGACGAUCCUACUUUGAGGGGACUUCUCAAAUGGCUUUCUGACAAGGGGCUGAAUGCAUAUAGUAUAUCAUGUGGGAGUUGCUUGCUUUACAAUAGCAUGUUCCCUCGGCACAGAGAUAGGAUGGACAAGAAGAUGGUGGAUUUGGCUAGGGAAGUAGCUAAGUUGGAACUCCCUCCAUAUCGGAAUCACUUUGAUGUUGUGGUGGCUUGUGAGGAUGAUGAAGAUAAUGACAUUGACAUCCCUCAGCUUUCCAUUUACUUCCGUUAGUACUUCGUGAACUCAAUACCUUUCAUGUCCAUCACCCAGAAACUUUAGGAUGACCAUGCAAUAUUGACACGGUCUUCAAUGGUUGUUUUCAGCACAUGACCAUAUUACAUACACAAUAUGAGAGUUAGCACUUAAUAACCCAAGUUGUUGUGGCCUCUGUUUGAUUGUUUA